GCACAGCUUUGAAUUGCAUAUAACCCAAGCCAACUCUAUGCAUCAUUGUCAUCAUGAUGUCGCUGUCCCAAGUAUGCGGAAUCGGAAUCCUCUCGGUGCUUGCUCUCUGGAAGAUCUUUUGGGGCUCAUCGAGAAAAUACAACAUCGACCUUGAUGGCCCUAAGGAAGCCCACUGGUUGACAGGGAACGUCCGGACAAUGUUCGAAGGUGGCCUUGACUACUGCGUGAAAAUGGCUGAACACUAUGGCGGAGCGGUCAAGCUACAAAGUCUAUAUGGAGAAGUAGUGUAUCUAUCUGAUCCACUGGCGUUGUAUCAUGUUAUCGCAAAAGACCAGCAUAUCUUUGAAGAACCUGAUGUAUUUAUCAUGAACAACAAGGUGAUGUUUGGAGAUGGUCUAAUAGCCACUAUCGGAGAGCAGCAUCGAAAGCAACGCAAGCUGCUCAACCCUGUCUUCUCGACCUCGAACAUGCGAGAAUUACUACCCACAUUGCAACACAUUGCGCACAAGCUGACCUCUAUCGUCAUAUCUAAGCUUCCGGAUGAUGGAUCAUACAAAGAGAUCGACGUGCUGCCUUUGCUAUCUCGCAGUGCACUUGACGGCGUUUGUCAGGCGAUUCUUGGUUAUCCAAGCAAUACUCUAGACGCUGGAGAAAACGACGAGUAUACUGAAGCACUUCGGAAGAUGGGGCCCCUGAUAUCAAAGCUCAUAUAUUUCCGGCCAAUUGUGCCAGUAGUUAUGCGCAACUUCUCGUCAUACUGGAUAAGGAAGCUUGUGAAUUUGGUCACGACACCCUGGAUUCCUACUGAACAGAUGAAAGAUGUGCGAGAGAUGCGACGAAUCAUUGAACUCAUGGACAGCGCUACUUUAUCCCCCAUUGAUGUGCAGUCUGAAAUUGAUGAUCUCAAACCGGGUCGGAGGAAAGAUAUGAUGGACAUCAUGCUCAGGGCAAACUCUGCGUCUUCCAGUUCAGAGCAACUCACCGAUGCGGAGCUGUUGGGACAGAUGAACGUUAUGGUAUUUGCUGGCCUAGAUACGACCACCGCUGCUCUGUCUCGUUGCGUUUACCUACUUGCCAAGAACCCACUUGCCCAAGCUCGAUUGAGAAGCGAAAUUCGUGAUGCCAUCAAGCCUAUGUCCCUCGCACAAGACGGUUCUUCAUUUUCCGAACACGACGAUCCACUUCUUCACCUGUCCUAUGAUACGCUAAUAAAUCUUCCAUUCCUCGACGGAAUUGUCAGAGAGACAUUGCGGCUUUAUCCUUCUCUCCCGCACAUGGGCCGAAAAGUACUCAAGGCAACUACUCUUCCCCUUCAAUUCCCUGUUCGUUCGUCAUCCGGAGCAGAAAUAUCUUCCAUUGCGGUACAUGAGAAAGCGCUCAUUGUCAUCUCUAUUUUAGCUGCAAACCGCAAUCGAACUAUGUGGGGUGAUGAUGCGAAUGAGUGGAAGCCUGAGCGAUGGCUUUCUUCCCCGGGGAGACAAUAUGGGCCAGGGACGGAUGUAUCCUCUGAUGGUGCCGAUGUACUGUCAUCGAAGCUAUCCGCACCCAUCCUUGGGGUCAAAGACGGCAUGAGGUAUCCUGGUGUUUAUUCCAACAUGAUGACUUUCCUCGGCGGCAGUCGUUCCUGCAUCGGGUUCAAGUUUGCCGAAAUGGAAAUGAAGCAAAUCAUCGCCGCGCUUGUACUUCGUCUGCAUUUUGUGCUCCCAACAGAUCCGGAUGCCAACGGACAUAUCAAAGAAAUUCAGUGGAAGUUGAAGGCGUUUCAUACACCUGUCGUUAAGCCACCAGCUGGAGAUGGGGUAUCACCUGCGGUUCCACUCAAUGUUCGACUGGUGCAAGAGGAAGACUUUAAAUGGUAGGAUUGUAUUUGUGUUCGCGAUGUGAUGCUCUGUGGUUUGGUACAAGUAUGCUCUGAUGCUCUGUAUAUCAUUUGUUUUCAAACAUUGUACGUGCUUACUAGUUGGUUUGACUCUACCGCUACUACGGUAUACUAUUGAAUUGAUGCCAAUGUCUACACGGAGGGAAUCAACUCGAAAGCCAUAGUUAUCAACCCUUUUCAUCGUACACUCGCAUACCAACCUGCAGUGCGAGGUCGCGGU